GUGCUGUAGGUGAGGGUUGAAAGUGGUUGAAGAUGUCUCAGAUGCAGCUGCUGAGGCUGUUUAUCAGCGAGCGGCUGAGUGCGGCUGCAGAGGAGAUCUUUGCAGCGGUGCAGAGGUCGAUAACAGAGCACAGAGGGGAUCAGCAUGGACAAGAAGUGCAUCUACACAGUGAAGAGACACCGCAGAUUUUUGUCUGUCAUGACCGGAAAAACAAGCAGGAGUGCAGUCCUGAGAGUGACCACAGCAACCCUAGUGUGGGCCACAAGGACUUUGGUCUGCUGGUCCCAGAACCUCUAGCAAUCAAACAGGAACAGCAGGAGCCAUGGAGUCCAGGAAGACCACAGCUACCAGAGAUGGAGGACCUUGAUACCAGCCCUUCGAAAGUGACCUCCACCUCCAUGAAGAGUUGCAUUUUCUCAGACAUGACUGAGUUACAAACUCAUGACACAGGGAAUGAAGACAGAAAGCCUGACACAUCAGGUGACCACAGAGAGGUUAAGGGAAACCUUCAGCCAAGCAGUGAAUGUUGGACUCCAGAUUGUUUGGUGACUCUGAAUAACAUAGGGCCUGAGUUGAGUUUAGAAACACUGACAGGCUACAGUAUCAAUAAAGUUCACACACAGAGCCACACAGGGAGAAACCAGCUGACUAAAAGUUGUGAACCACACAGCCCAAUUCCACCAAAUAAAGAGGCAAAGAGAGGAGGCAAAUCCUACUGCUGUCGUUUCUGUGGCAAAAAAUUCAGCCACAUCGCACAUCUAACCAGACACACUCAAAUCCACACAGGUAAGAAACUGUUCAUCUGUGAAGUGUGUGGUAAAGAGUUUCGACAUGGCAACAGUGUGACUGUGCACAUGAGGAUUCACACGGAAGAGAAGCCAUACCGCUGCAGGAUUUGUGGAAAAGAGUUCCGCCACGUGGGCAACUUGAACGUACAUAUGAGAAUCCAUACAGGAGAGAAACCCUACAGCUGCACAGUGUGCGGGAAGAGGUUCAGUCGAAAUAAUCUGAUGACAAAACACAUGUCUGUACACACAGGUGAAAUGAAGAGUGUGUAAAGACGAGGUUCAGUUGGCGUAAAGUAAAAUUCAGUUUUCUGGGGACAGAUAGUAAAUCUGCUCUUCCUGUAUAGAAUGACUGGUGAUGGGAAAAUCACGAGUUACAAUUAAUAGUUGUGAUUCAUCAUUAAUCAUUCUUUGUUUGUGAAUUAAUAAUUGUAAACUGAUUUUGAGCAUCAAAUAUGAUUUAAUAUGUAAAAUCCUGAUAUUUUAUACAUUCCAGGUGGUAUAUAUUCUCCCCACAUUGUAUAGUGUCUCUUAACAUCUUUGACUGAAGAUGAUGCAGAGGUUAAACUGCUUAAAAGUCAGAUCUAAGUUCCUGGUUCCUGUAGCUCAAAGCUCGGUACUGAGAUGUAGACUUUGUUAAUAAACUCUUAUGUUAACCUUAAUUAAGAUAUUAUUUAUUUCCAUUUAGAAUUUUGUUUAUAUUCAAUAUUCUGGCAAUGCUGAAGCUGCCAUACCAAGUUAGCUGGAUUUCAGUUACAUAACAGUUGAAUUAUGUAACUGUGAAUGUUUUCAUCUGAUUUCAAAUCUGAUCUGGAAAAAAAAAGUGUUAUAUUUCUAUCAGAACAGGACUGUCCUGCUUUCAGAGAGGCUAAGCAAAUACAUGGUUCUGGAAUAAAGUUUCAUGCAACAUCCAGCAUUACUUUAUGCAUUAAUUAAGAAUUACUAUAUAAUACUUACUAUAUAACUAUAUGAUUUGUACCCUUAUUAUAAGCUGUUAAUGUAAAUGAUGCAACCUAAAUCACAGAUUAUUAUUAUUAUUAUAACAUAAAUUAGCUCAUGUAUUUUCUAUACAGUCAUAUUUGAGUCGUGCAGGCUUGAAUGCGAGGCUAGGCGGUUGCCGUGGCGACGGAAUGUAAACAUCGCGGCUGUCGGUGGGCUCGCGCUGUGUCUGUCCGGUGUCCCAACUCCUAAAAGUGUCGGAAAUGUCUGCGAUGAACCGAAAGUUGAUACAAACUCUCGUUGAAACAAUCUCUAAACAAGUGCAGCACUUCAAUAAAACAGAGAUUGAGUGUCUCAUCCGGGAGUUCAACGUGCUUGUGGGGGAGUCGCCUAUCCCUGGAAGAGCAGCUCACGGCCUGGACAGAGGGGGGUUCAGGAGCAUUCUGCACAACAUCUUCGGAAUGACCGACGACAUGAUCAUGGAUGGAGUCUUCAGGACAUUUGACAGAGACCCCGACGGCUUUGUCAGUGUAGACGAAUGGAUUGAGGGAAUGUCUGUUUUACUUCGAGGCACCUUGGAUGAAAAAAUUGAAUACUGCUUUAAUGUGUUUGACUUGAAUGGGGACAACUACAUCUCCAGAGAGGAGAUGUUUCACCUGCUGAAGAACAGCCUCAUCAGACAGCCCACGGAUGAGGACCCUGACGAAGGAAUCAAAGACCUGGUGGAGAUCACGCUCAAGAAGAUGGACCAUGACCAUGAUGGCAGGCUAUCUUUUGCUGAUUUUGAAAAGGCAGUGAAAGAGGAGAAUCUAUUACUUGAGGCUUUUGGAAACUGCCUCCCUGACACCACGAGUAUUGAGAGAUUUGAGCAGCAUGUAUUUCGGGAACAACUGGAUCAAUGAAUAAAUGAUAUUCAUGUGCAUUUUCAUCUAUAUUUUCUUUAAUAGAAAUGUUAACAGCUUUUGCACUGUGAUGUAAUUUGCAAAUAAAAAC